AUGCCGCGCACUUAUUCCACAAGGCAGGCAGCCCGAGGCCUGCAACAGCAGCAGCAACCGGGCAUCCAGAGCUUCGCAAGAGCGACUAAGCCUGGUGUUGUAGCUCCUUCCUCCUUAUCGGAUAUCAAGAAGCCCGCUACGACAACGACGACGAAUGUCCCGGUCACGCCUUCCAAGAAACGCAAACUGGUCGAGCUCGAAAACGUCGACUGCCGGGGCCCUCAAGGAGUGGAAAGCACGGAUGCAGUCACACCUUCCAAGUCUCUUCGAUUGGGAGAAUUGACCUUGAAUACGCCUAGAAGUGGACAUUAUGCACGGUCUUCGGUGUCAGUGAGGAGGAGCGGCUCGGCUGCUACUGCUGUUCCUGAGCAGCCGCCGAGUACCCCCUCGAAACGCACAGGUGCUAGGAAGACAACCACAAAGUCAGCUCCUGUGAAUCGUCGUGCAGCAUGUGUGGAGGAUCUCGUAAACCUGCAUGGAGCGUUCCUGAAGGCUGUUGCGCUUCAUGCUAUGCACAAUGGUGUUACUGCCCCUGCCGACCUGAGAGAACUGCUCCCUACCAUUGAACGACUCUGGAAGAAGCGGAAGGUGGUAAUUAAGGAUCUGCAACGACUCAUUUGGGUUCUGGACCAGGAGCCAUCAUCGACAGCCUUUCCCGGAUAUCGAAUUGCGAACUAUGGACUGGGAAGGGUGUGUUUGGAGCGAAUUGUACGGGAGGGCGAGGAGCGGACGAGCGAGAGUGAAUUGCAAGAGCGGUUUGAGCAGAGCGUGGAUUUGCUUUGGGAGAAGGCAUUGGAUGCGGUGGACGGAGACGAAUCAAGGGUGGACUUCGUCAACACGCUGGGCGUUGCGACGAUCCAAGAGUCGUUGACACCGUUCACCACGUUCCGGAAGGGACAGCAACGGUUGCAGGACUUGAGGGGCGGGGUGAUUCGACUGAAGACGGAAAAGUUACGUGCGGAUGGGAAGGACGAUGUGCCAGAGAAACCGAUCGAUGCGGCAAGUACGCGCCGGAAGGGACUACUGGAGCGCAUCAAGGAUAAGCAGCUGCGACAGGCGACGUUGCCGCCGCCGCCGUCGAAGCAGGAGCUGUUAAGGAGGGCAGCUGCGGAGCGCGUGGAGGAGGUUGCGGGGGUUUUGGCGCUACUGAGACCUGCUGGGUAUGUCGGGACCGGAGCGAAGGCCGUGAUGGCUGCGCAGCGGACGCCGUUCCGGAUCGAGAUGAUUGCGCAGCACGUCCGGGAUUCUGUGCGGAGUCCAAUCUCCCAGCAGGAGGUGGAGAUUUGUUUGGAGAUUUUGGCCCGGGAGGAUGUUGCCGGGGGGUGGGUGAAUCUCGUCACGGUGAAUCAGAUGAAGUCUGUGGUUCUUAAGUCAUGUGCGGAUGUCCAGCUCAAGGAGAUUGGAGCCAAGGUGGCCCAGUUGAAGCUUGGGUGGGAAGGGUCUGAGGCGCAGAAGACUGUCGUCUCUGCUGCUUAA